AUGGCUCCCAUCGACGCAGGCUCCCUGGUUCUUAUCACAGGUGGAAACGGUUUCAUCGCCGCCCACUGCAUCGCAAAUCUCCUGCAAUCUGACUAUCACGUCCGAGCGACCGUCCGAUCAGCGGAAAAAGCAGAUGCGACUCGCAAUGCACUCAGCGCCGCAGGUGUACAGCAUCUUGCUCGUCUCCAACUCGUUGUCGUCCCCGAUCCGACCAACCUUGACGCUUUGAUUGGGGUGCUACAAGACUGCCAGGCCAUUCUCCACCUCGCUUCGGCAUUUAGCUAUGAUGCCGCCCCGGGUGAAUUUGAAGAGAAAUUGAUGAUUCCCGCUCUCAAAGGGACUCAGGUGGUUUGUGAAGCUGCUCAACGGUGUCCGACUGUUCGGCGUGUAGUCAUUAUGUCGAGUUUCGCCAGUGUCUAUGAUGCCAGCUUGGGGCUGCAACCUGGACGAGUCUACACUGAGAAGGAUUGGUGUCCGUUAACGUACGAGGACGGUGUGAAUGCAUCGGCUGUUCCCAUCGCAUACCGUGCCUCAAAGGUCGUCGCUGAGCGUGCAGCUUGGGACUAUGUGAACAACAACUCUGUUCAUUACCAGUUGGUGACACUGUGUCCCGGCAUGGUAUUUGGCAAAAUGAUACACCCUAUCUCUUCCCUGUCUCAGCUCAAUGCUAGCAAUCAGAUCGUGUGGCAGGUUCUGAAUGCAGGCAAGGAUGGUGAAAUCCCACCUACAAAGGCACCUGUCUGGAUCGACGUUGAAGAUCUAGCGGAAACCAGUCGCAAAGCAUUGAUCUUCUCUGCUACAGGACAUGAGCGUUUCCUGGUCACACAGUCGUCGUAUGAUACGCAGGAGAUUGCAGAUGUCAUCCGCGCCGAGUUGCCUGAAAGACACAGAGUACCAAUGGGACAACCUGGGCAGCGAAGUGCGGAUACUCAUUACUCGUGUGAUUCUUCCAAGGCCGAAACCGUGCUUGGCGUAAAGUUUCGGGGGCUCAAGGAGAGUAUUGUUCUUUUAGCGCAUCAGUUGUAUGAUAUGAGUUAG